ACAAUCUCGGCGGGGAGUUGCCAGAGUCACUUGGAAAUUGCAGUACUUUGUACAUUGUGAUGUUGAACAACAAUGGAUUCACUGGCAAUGUGCCUCAAGGACUCUGGAUGUCGCCGAACUUGACAACUUUGAUCUUGAGUGGUAAUGGGUUGACUGGCGAGCUUCCCGAGGAGCUGUCCCCGAACCUCACUCGGAUCCAGAUGAGCAACAACAGAUUCUCUGGCAAGAUUUCGAGCACAGUGUCUUCGUGGAGGAAGUUGGUGGUGUUUGAUGCCAGUAAUAACUUCCUGAGUGGCACCAUUCCGACUGAAUUAACCGAGCUUCCUUCUCUGACGACGCUUUUGCUAGGUCAGAACGAGCUCUCCGGAAAUCUUCCCACAGCUAUUGUUGCGUGGAACUCCUUGACCACUCUGAAUCUUAGCCACAAUCGAUUGUCAGGACCGAUUCCUAGCAAAAUCGGUCUUCUACCGGUACUCAUGCAGUUGGACCUAUCUGAAAACCAACUGUCCGGCUUGAUUCCUCCUGAAAUCGGCCAGCUGAAGCUGAACCUUCUCAAUUUAUCCUCCAAUCGCCUCAAUGGACGAAUCCCAGACGAGUUAGAGAACGCCGCAUAUGAUGCCAGUUUCCUGAACAACCCGAGCCUCUGUGCAUCCAAUUCGUUCAUGAGGCUCAAUGUCUGCAAUUCCCAAUCCCGUAGAUCGAGCAAAAGCUUGCUGACCAAUCUCGCCUUGAUUGUGAUCUUGGCCAUCGCUGCAGUGAUAUUCGUUUUGUUGGUGGCAGUAUUUACAAUCAGAGCUUCCAGAAAGAAGAGAGACGGGUUUGAUUCAACUCCGAAACUGACCCCAUUCCAAAGUUUGAAUUUUACAGAAUCGAAUGUUCUGUCGGGAUUGAAGGAGCAUAAUGUGAUCGGAAGUGGCGGAUCAGGAAAAGUAUACAAAAUUAUCGUGAAUCAUUCUGGUGACACCAUCGCGGUAAAAAGGAUUUCAAAUGACCGAAAAUUGGACGAGAAGCUGGAGAAGCAAUUCGUAGCAGAAGUGGGGAUACUUGGGAAGAUAAGGCAUCUGAACAUUAUCAAAUUGCUGUGCUGUAUUUCUUGUGAGAACUCGAAACUCAUAGUGUACGAGUACAUGGAAAAUCACAGCUUGGACCAUUGGCUUCACAAGACCAAAAGAUCGUCACCCGUCUCAGGUGUAGCCAACAAUAUGUUCUUGGAUUGGCCCAAGAGGUUACAGAUUGCGCUAGGAGCCGCUCAAGGACUUUGCUAUAUGCACGAUGAUUGUUCACCGCCCAUCAUCCACCGAGACGUGAAAUCGAGCAACAUUCUCUUAGACUCCGAGUUCACUGCAAAACUUGCUGACUUCGGCCUUGCAAGAAUGUUGGCCAAGCAUGGAGAAUCUGUCAUGGUGUCCAGUGUUUCCGGAUCUGCUGGCUAUCUUGCACCAGAGUAUGCUCAGACGACGAAAGUUAAUAAGAAGAUCGAUGUUUAUAGCUUCGGGGUCGUUCUCUUGGAACUGACCACCGGGAGGGAUGCUCAAGGCGGGGACGAAGACAUGUGCCUCGUUGAUUGGGCAUGGCGUCACAUCCUAGAUGGCAAGGCAAUAUCUGAUGCGAUAGACGAGGAGAUCAACAACGACUCAUUCCUAGGUGCAAUAAGCAAUGUCUUUAAGCUCGGGAUCUCUUGCACUGCGAACAGUCCUUCCAAGAGGCCUCCGAUGAAGAAGGUAGUGCAAGUGCUGCUCAAAUGUAGCAAUCCGCUUUACGAUGUCGAGCAGACAUCCCGACAUAACUUAGACGUUGCCCCCCUCCUCGAAAAUCCUAGGCAUGAGGAAAUGCCGCAGAACGCUUAUUGUUUUCUCAGGUGCAACACUUACUGA